AUGUCUGUUGUUCUUGGUUUAUGGCACUUGACCCUCGAAGGAGGAAAAGAAAAAACCUUCCAAACUCCUGCCAAUGUUCAGAUCACGAACGCCGCUUUCGGCGAAGAAAUUGCUGAAGAGACCAGAACUGUUGUAAAACUUACCUUCGACACCCUCAAUACAUCUUUUGAAAGCGAUGAUGAGGAUGAGGAGGAGGAGAAGCCUAGCGACACCACUACCACCGUUUUGUGCUCCUUGAUUCCCGGAAAGGUAGAGCAAGCGAAUAUCAACUUGACUCUGGACAGUGAGGGGGUCUACACUUUCCAAGCCACAGGAAAGAACACUGUCUACCUUACUGGCAACUACAUCAGGCAACUUGGUGACGAUGAAGAACCGUCUGACGAUGAAGAUUUCUCAGACGAGGAGGGGUAUGAUUUGCGCGACGUCAGCUCCGAUGUUGAGAUGCACCCAGAUGAUCUCGAGGACCUUGAGAGUGAUGCUAGCCGAUUCGAAGAAGUUGUUGAGGAGCCUGUCAAAGCUUCCAAGCGCCCUCGUGAUUCGGACGCCAAGGAGCCUGAAGCCUCCAAGAAGGCAAGCAAAAAGCUGAAGGCUGAAGGAGGAAAAGCUGUUGAGGCUGAAGCCCCAAAGGAGGAAAAGAAGGAGAAAAAACAAAAGGAGAAAAAGGAGAAAAAGGACGAGAAACCUACGGAGGUGAAGGAGAAAAAAGAAAAAUUCGCUAAGAAAACUAUCGCAGGAGGCGUUGUCAUACAGGAUGCAAAAGUCGGAACCGGCCCUAUGGCGAAGAAGGGAAAUACCGUUCGCAUGCGCUACGUUGGCAAGUUGACAAAUGGAAAAGAGUUCGACAAGAACGUCAGUGGCAAGCCUUUCACGUUCCAUCUUGGAAAAGGCGAAGUCAUUAAAGGUUGGGAUGAGGGUAUCGUUGGAAUGCAGGUAGGAGGAGAGCGCAUUUUAACCAUCCCUCCCGCCAUGGGCUACGGUUCGAAGAAACAAGAUGUUAUCCCAGCAAACUCUACACUCAUCUUCGAGGUCAAGCUCCUCGAAAUCAAGUAA